CGGAAACCUGAGGCAUUCAUGAAUAUGCCUGUCGAUAUAUUCUACAGAAUCGCGAAGUACUUGACUCCGCAUGAUUUACUGAACCUUACACGCACUUCGAAGAGUCUGCGCAGCGUUCUGACUUCAAAGCAGACUGAACAUAUAUGGCGUACCGCUCGUGAAGCCGUCAAAUUACCCAACUACCCUCCUGACCUCUUCGAGAUACAAUACGCGAAUCUGGCCUUUUGCAAGCACUGCUCU